GAGGAUAGUGGCGACGAGAACUGGCGUGGGACGGAGUGAAGAGAGUUGUUAUCGAAGAGGGAGAAGAGACAGCGGCAGGAGCAGAGCAGGGGGUGUGUGAGUGUGUUUGUGAGGUCCUAAAAGGAGCACAACACGGCGUGAAUGAGAGAGACAAGCUGGCGAAUUUCAACAUGGCAUCCGGAGAUACGCUGUACAUUGAGACAGACGGCUCGGAGAUGCCGGCCGAGAUUGUGGAGCUCCACGAGAUAGAGGUAGAGACGAUACCGGUGGAAACUAUCGAGACCACGGUGGUCGGCGGGGAUGACGACGACGACGGGCAGCCCAUGAUCGCGCUCCAGCCACUGGUCACGGACGACCCCAGCUCGAUCCACCACCACCAGGAGGUUAUCCUAGUCCAGACCCGGGAGGAGGUGGUCGGUGGGGAUGACUCGGACCUGCAUACAGACGGCGGUGGAGGGUUCGAGGACCAGAUCCUCAUCCCGGUGCCGGCUCCUGGGGUGGAGGACGAGUAUAUUGAGCAGACUUUAGUGACUGUGGCUGGGAAGAGCUCAGUGGGUCGGGUGAAACGAGGAGGCGGCACUGGUGGGAAGAAAGCGGGCAAAAAGAGCUAUUUAAGCGGCGCUGAGGCCGGCGGAAGAAAAUGGGAACAGAAGCAGGUGCAAAUAAAGACACUGGAGGGGGAAUUUUCUGUUACAAUGUGGGCAUCGGAACCUGGACGUGAAGAUAACACAGGAGCUUAUUUCUUUAUUUUUUUUAUUUGCAGAAUGAAACCCAGGAAAGUCAAAGAAGACGAUGCCCCCCGCACGAUAGCUUGCCCUCAUAAAGGCUGCACAAAGAUGUUCAGGGAUAACUCGGCCAUGAGGAAGCAUCUCCACACCCACGGACCCCGUGUGCACGUUUGCGCAGAGUGCGGCAAGGCCUUUGUUGAGAGCUCCAAGCUCAAGCGCCAUCAACUCGUUCACACAGGGGAGAAACCCUUCCAGUGCACCUUCGAAGGCUGCGGGAAAAGGUUUUCUCUGGACUUCAACCUGCGCACGCACGUGCGGAUCCACACUGGAGACCGGCCCUACGUCUGCCCUUUCGACGGCUGCAAUAAGAAAUUCGCCCAGUCAACCAACCUAAAGUCUCACAUUCUCACACACGCCAAAGCCAAAAAUAACCAAUGAGAACGUAUCCAUCAGCGUCGAGUCACGAAGACGAAAAAAGAAGAAAGAAAAAAAAAAAAGAGCAUUCUAGCGACACACGUGAGACCUCGUUUGAAGAUGGAAUGAGAAGCUUGAGACUUAUUGAUUUAUAUUAAAAAUCUGACAGAUUAAAAGACUUAGAACACUGAAAUUCAGCUGGUUUUUCCUGAGCCCCCUUUCUUCUUCUUCUGCUGUCAUAUUGGAUGAGGAACGCAGUGACUAUUCCCUAAAGCCCCAGCCAGCACAGUCCCUUCGUCUCUCCAGUGGCACUCAGCUGCCAGAAGAUGGAACCCAUGGACAAACAUCAGAGACUUAUUUUUACCAGAGUGAUCAGAGAAGCAGCGGGCUAUUAGUAUUUUUAUUUUGUCGCAUUGCUUUUAUUUCCCUCAAGUGUGCAUAUUGUACACUUGACUCAGGCUGUGUUUAGUAUAAUUGUGUUUUGUUUGGGUUUUUUUCUCCUGCAUUAAGAGAUCGUACCUAUGAUACAAAAGAAGAGGCCUCAAGACUUGUUUGACCUGUUUCACAUGUAUACAAAGUUUAAAAAACAAAACAGCUGUAUCUUUGCAUUUUCACACCUUCUUCGGUUGUAUUUUUCUCUAACCACAGAAUAACCUUGUAUACUUGUAUUGUAUGGCUGUAUUAAAAUUCAGUAGACAUA